CUAAGCCCGACACACUCCUCUCAGUAUCACUUGGUUGCUCCUCCGCCACGCCGCGCUCUCUUCCUCCUUCCUCACCUCUACAGCUUUCAAUCUGUUCAACUGUGCUGAACCAUUUAAGAGAGAGGGAGAGAGAUGGACGCACUGAUCAGAUUUGCUCAUUCAGCUUCUCUCCCUUACAUGCCACCAACUUGCCAAAGGCCAACCUUUCCUCUCUCAAGGAUGCCAUUUUCGAUUCCUUCUCUACCUCGCUGUAAACUUCCUUCUGCUGCUUCUUCUUCUCCUCCUUCCUUCUUCGGUGGGAAAGGAAAGCGUUUUUUAGAAUCCGAAGUUGGAAGAGAGAGAAUGAUGAAGUGGGAAGAGAAGAGAAAGGGGGAGAAAGCAAAGAGGAGAGAGAUAAUCUUGCACUCCAUUGCACCUCAUACUCUUUUAUUCUUUGCAGCGCUUCCUGGAAAUAGCUCUCGUCUAUAACUAAAACUUCUGUAGAUCAUCUCUGUGCAAUAAAACUGAUGAUUCCAUGACAGCUGAAACUGUAAGAUCUGUCUUUGGACCCUUCGUUGAGCUUGUGAAGACAUGGAAUCUGCCAGGAUGGCUUGUUCACUGGGGUCAUCCAGGGAAUAUGGCUGUUGUACUCUUUGCAAUGGGGGGUUAUGGAUCUUAUCUGGGAUUUCGAAUAAGAUUGUCAAAAAAUGCAGAGGAGAAGGCCAUGGCAAAGAACCUCCAUCCAAAGUUACUAAUUGGAAUGUUCUUUUUCUUUGCUCUUGGGUCUACUGGAGGUAUAACAGCCUUGCUGACUUCAGAUAAACCUAUACUAGAAAGUCCUCAUGCUGUUUCAGGCUUGAUGGGGCUUUCUUUGCUGACAAUUCAAACAAUUUUGCCUGCUCUUUUUGAGGAUUAUCCAGGGUUGAGGACUGUGCAUGGGCUUCUUGGUAGCAGCAUCAUGACACUUUUUCUUAUCCAUGCAGCUCUUGGACUGCAGCUGGGGCUUAGUUUUUGAUCUAUGUAAUUCUAAUAUCAUCCAACGGUCAUAAUUUUCAGCUAUAUUUUUUGCGUUUUAGAAAGUCAAAUAGCAGCUUAUUAUGAGUCAAAUAUAGGCUUUUUUGUUCGGAAUAAUUUUCUUACUAUUUUAUUUUUUAAGGCUUUAUUUCAGGUCA